UUCGCCGUGCAGAGAACGAUAAAAAUGAAGUUAUUAACACAUAACAUGUUAACGUCUAAUAUUAUAAAAGGCGUUACUAAAGGAUUUCCUUUGCAGAUAGCGGCAACAGAUAUAAAAGUGACUGAGGUAGACUUCAACCCAGACUUUAUCUCAAGAAUGAUCUCAAAAGUAGAAUGGCCAGCACUGUGUGAAGCAGCUGAAAGUAUUGGUCAUCUGGGAGACUUACCAAAAGAAUUAGAUCCUGAUUAUGAGAAGAAUGAAGAAUUCCUAAAAAAGGCUCAUCAUGUGUUAUUGGAGGUGGAGAUCAAAGAGGGGGAACUUAUCUGUCCAGAAACUGGGAGAAAAUUCCCUGUCACAAAUGGGAUUCCCAAUAUGUUACUAAAUGAAGACGAGGUUGGAAAAUGAAAUGAAACUACACAGUUAGACUCUGUGUGUUAGACACUACCCAACCUUUUGGAUAAGACUGCAUCACCUGGGUAUCACUGAAAAAAGUUGCUGCAUUCAAUGAAUAAUCACGGAUGAUACAACACAGACAAACAGUAUAUGGUAUACAGGAAAAAGAUGUGACUGAAGUUCAAGUUGAAGACAAGUUGAAAGAAAAUAUUGACAAUUUACUUCUGUAAAUUUUAAAUAUUUUUCUGAAGGAUAAAAAUGUUCAAUCAUUCACCAGAAUAUGAAAAUGUUAACUUGUGUUUGAAUACUAUAAUAAAAGUUUUUUUUAUAUCUAUUUCAAUUUGACAAAGAUGCAGUAUGACUGCGAGUUGACAUAUUAGAUGUCAAGUUUGACUGCUGUUUUAUAAGCAGUUCUUUAAUAAAUCUCCCGAAGAAUCCUUCCCUUAACUCACUUUGACUGCAGUAGCAUUAUCAUGAAAUUAAUUCUAACAGUUGUAAUGUUUUUAUCAUAGAAUGUUGCCCUAAUGCUAACAUUACAUUACUGUUUUAUUAGCAUGCAUUAAGGGUAUAUUGACUCGACCAACUCCAGUAUAAUUAUGAAUGUUUUUGUUAUGCUGUUGUAUAUGUAUUAAGUAUAUACUGAAUUUGUAAAAAUACUUUGUACUUUGGAAUAACUCAUCUAUCUAUACACUCGUAAGAAGUAAAAGAGUAAUCUCAAUAAAGUUAUGUACUAGUAAUAAGAAAAUUAAUUAUUUGUAUUAUUGUAGUUUAUUUUUAGUACAUGUAAUUUUCAUUUCAUGAUUAUCAUGUAAGAAAACAUAACAAUAUCAUGAUAUUGUUUUUAAUUCAUCUUUUUAUUUUCAAUACAAAUAACACAAUGUCCAAUCUUGGGUCAGUUAUCAUUUAACAAAUGCUAGUACUUAAGAACACUUCAAGUUUACAUAAAAACCCAUUUUCUACUAUAAUUGCAAUAGAGGGUGCUACAACAGUAGAAUAUGAGCAGCUGACUUACAUGUUCACAAAACUGUUAAUACACAAUAUUGCAACUCAAUCAUAUGUGUACCUCACAUAGAUAAACAAUAUCCCCCCUCCCCCUUACAUGAGGACCCCUUUAUAUUCUUGGAAAUCUAUUAAAAGGAAGCAAGCUGUAAAUAUCAGUACAGGUAUGAAACAUUUAUGCAUGAAAUCUAGCAUUUAAGGGUUUUUGGUCAGCUUGAAGUGCAUCUAUCUUUCACUU